AUGCCUCUCAUCUAUAUCCCCAAGCCUCUCGCCAACACCGCCCCCUCUCAAGUCAUCACUGCCAUUUACUUCUGCGCCUAUGCUCCUACUGGAGUUUCCGGCCCUGCAGAGUCAAGCCCCUCCUCCAGUGCUAAAUUGACGAAUCACUGGGUUAUUUACUUUGCCAUAUCCUCUACGCAUUCGAUUCGGUUCGAUCCGAGUCCAACUGGCCAAAACAGUUCAUUAGAUCUCAUCAUCACUUCCAAGCACUACGCCUUUACCGAGAAUGCUGCGAAGGUCUCUCACCUCACACCUGCUGCGGGCCUCACUGUUGGGCAAGUGAUUGACCACAUCGUCAAUUCCAAGUACGACCAGUACCAAUUUAGCUUCAGCGGACAGGGCUGUAGGUACUGGGUAUACUCUAUUGCGACCUUGUUACGCUCUGCCGGGUACCUAACGAGUGAUGCGGAGGUUGAUGCGGCAGCUCGUACUCUGCAGGUUGUGUGGACUACUAGAGGAGAGCCUGUCGCUGAUGUUCAACAGACGGGUAUGACUCAGGGAAUUUUUUAUUAA